UUUCUUCGCCGUAGUGACGUGGGUGAAUAAAUAAAAAUAAAAAUUAUUAAACACAAAAUAGUAGGUAUAAAAAACAAAAUCGUUAUACGAAAGUUAAUACCUUUUUAAAACGGGCGAAACUCCUUUUAAAUAUCGACGAACAAGGAAAAAACGUAUGAACGCAUAUUUUUAUGUAUAAAUACACAUGUGCUUGUUUAUUUAUAUUUUAUUCGUUUAUAUAGUAAUAUGGGAAUGAAACGUCGGUAAUUAUAAAUCACUGCGAGUUGUACUUAUAAUAUUAGAAUUAAUAUUACAAACGAAGAAAGAAAUAAUAAAGCACAAUUAUGAUAAAUGCGUGUACACAUAAUAGUAUACACAUACGAGUAUAAUGACAGUUUAUCUAAAUAAUCGAUUUUAAAUAUCUUAAGUUAUCCAUCGUUGUUUAUGAACGAAUGGUAUUUAUAAGCACAAUAAUCUUUAUUAAUGUACAAUUUGUAAUAUAAUAAAAACAAAAAAACAUUUUUUUACUUCUGAAACUGUAAUGAUAACCUGCUGUGUACAUUUUCGUGUUUGUAUAGGAGGUAAUGACCGCUAUGCACCAACAAGGUUUGGACACGACGAUCGCCAUGUUAUCAGAUGAGCACGAAGAUCAUGAGCCAUCAAGUUCGAGAGAUCUAUCGUGCAUUCAAGAUUCACUACCAGGAAUAGCACACAGAGUUUUCAGAAAAACAGCUCAAAAUAAUAAGCUUUGUUUAUAUUUGGGCAAUAGAGAUGUAGUAGUAUCGAACAGUUCAUCCACAAAAAUACAUGGAAUCGUAUUAGUAGACCCAGAUCUAUUGAAAGAUACAAAGAAAAAGGUAUUUGGACAAAUCACAUUAACUUUCCGGUACGGGCGAGAAGACGAGGAAGUAAUGGGGUUAAAAUUUUGUAAUGAAGCAAUCAUGUGUUUAGCGCAAAUUUAUCCACCACACGAAAAUGCACUACGUGAACAAAAUACACCGUUACAGGAAAUGUUAAUACAAAGGCUGGGGAGCAAUGCUCAUGCGUUUUCAAUGGAAGUAACUCAUUUAGCUCCACCGAGCGUCCAAUUAGUUCCUGCCAAAGAAUACAACGGAGCUCCAAUAGGAACUAGUUACGACUUACGAGUGUACAUAGCUGAAAGGGCAGAUGAGAAGCUACAACGAAAAAAUAUAGUAAAAAUGGGUAUAAAAGUAGUACAGAUGGCUUCAGCACCGCCACCGCCAACACCAACACCCAGGUCAGAACUACCUAAGGGAUGGCGUCAAAGAGGACCGCAAGCUACUUCGGAAAAACCGUUUUUACUCAGUGAUGGUAAAGUUACCCUAGAGGCCAACCUAGACAAAGCUAUUUAUACACAUGGUGAUCCAAUUCAUGUGAAUAUAAGCGUGAGGAACACCAGUAAAAAAGCUGUCAGGCGAAUAAAGGUGUUCAUUGUUCAACAUGUUGACGUUUGCAUGUUCAGUAAUGGUAAAUUUAAAAACACUGUGGCGUCGGAAGAAUGCGCCGACGUACCGAUACCCGGCAAUGGAGGUUCGCUCGAAAAAGAAUAUCUACUUUAUCCGAUCAAGGCGAGAACAAAAAAUUGGAUCGCACUCGAAGAUUCGCUAGGGUCCGCCACAAACAAGACGGAAGGCACGUUGUCCAGCACUGUGGUGUGUGUAUCACCCGAGGAUAGAAACGUUUUCGCCAUUUACGUCACAUACUACGUAAAAGUCAAACUUUUAAUAGGCGCCAUGGGCGGUCAGAUGUCACUCAAAUUACCGUUUACGCUGAUGCACACGCCGUCAAACACUUACUCCUCCACAGAAUGCAAAGAACCUUCGUGCGCGUCGUUGGGACCCUGCCUGUUAGUCGGUAGUAAAGAAGCGACUAUAACGUCGGAUGAACAAUGUGCCAACAAUCUAGGACUCUGAGGAUUAAUAGAAUCGGCCGAUAAUCGAGACAUUCGUUCGACACCAGCCGCGGCCGAUCAAAAUGCCGAAGAUCAUCAUGAAGACAACCGUUUCAAGUUUAAAAGAAUUUUAUGUUGUUUCAAUAACUACAGAUAGUGAUAAUGGGUCCAAAACAAGCUCUAUGUUUAAUUUUUUUUUCAAACAUUUUUGUACUAAUAAUUACAAUACAAUAUAGAAGUUUGUAUUUUAUAUA